GUCGCAUUCCUGGCCAGUAGCCACAGGAAGGGAAUGUGGUGGCACCGGCUUGUCGCCCUGGCCGCACCCAGCCCCACAAGAACUGGGCGGGCUGGGGCGGCAGGGCGGGCACUGCUAAGGGAAAUGCUCCCUGCGGGGGGCAGUUUCCAGAGCCCGGGAGAUGCCAGGGCCAGCAGCACCAGGAGCCAGGAGGAGCAACCUGGCAACCCCAGUGCACCUGCUGCAGCAACAUCCCAGCUGUUACCAGGCCUGGACCAGAGACGUCAACGGGCCAGGCCGGGAUGUGCCUGCCGGCUGGCACUUUAGCCUGAGGGACCCUGCUCACUGCACCUCCGCCUUCACCUUGGCAUGGCCACACCAGAAGUGGGGCUGGGGGGGCCCCAGGGCACUGAGCUGGUGAAGCAGGGGCCCUGGGGUGCUGAGCUGGCGGAGGGGGAGGCCUGGGGCGCUGAGCUGGCAGACCGGGCAUCCUGGGGCACUAUGGAGGAGGAUGAAGACAAGGCAUCCAUGGACUGUGUGAUCUGCUUCUCGCCCUAUGAUCGGUUGUUCAAGGUGCCCAAGUUGCUGGUCUGCGGGCACACCUUCUGCCUCGAGUGCCUGGCACGCAUCAACGUCUCCUCAGAGCAGGUCAACGCCAUCAGCUGCCCCAUGUGCCGGGAGCUGACCUCCUUGCCCACCCGCAAGGGCCUGCCUGGCCUGCCCACCUGCCUGGACCUGCUGGACCAGCUGCCCCUGGAGCCUGUUGCCCCCAGCAGCUCUGUGCGCUUCAGCCGGCGUCGGGGGCUGCUGUACGUGCCGGGCUGGGGACCCCGAAAGGGCCGGGGGCUGGCGCUACCCAAGCAGGGCCCUGCCCUCAGCACUGUCAGUCUGAGCGUGGACGUGGGGCGGCCAGCACAGCGGGGUGUGGGUGGGGGCCUGCAGGGGCUGGGCUGCUCCAGCUGGCCCUUUGCUGUGGCUGUGGCUGUGGCUGUAACUGUCACCGUGGGGCUGGUGAUCUCCGGCGUCUACAUCUUCUUCAUGCUGCCAACGACCUACGGGCUGGGGCCAGGCGGGGGGCUGGGCAACACCACCUGGCAGGUGCCCUGGCCCAAUGGCACUGCUGCGCCGGCGCCGCCCAGUGACAGAUGGCUGCUGGCACAGCCCCCCCAAGAUGGGGCUAUGGGGCUGGCUGGAGAGAAGGCAUCUGCACUGCCUGGUAUCAGGAGGAAGAGACGAAGAGGCCUGGGCCCCCAGCGCUGAACCCAGCAAAGAACUGACAUGUGGCCCAGUCCCCCUGUGAGCCCUGAACCCCCAGCCAGGAGGUGGAGGCUGGGCCACAAGCAGAAAGGAGGGACACCCCCACUGCUUCUUUCAGCUGCCUCCCCCCAGGUUUUGGGGCUGUGGCUUGGGGGGACAGAGGCUGUGGGCCCUGAGGAG